CCACCAUUGUAUCUCACUCAACAGAAAGAGGCCGCAGGGCUGGACCGGGCCCCGCUCGUCCGCACCGUGGGCACGGGGAGUCGUAGCUCCGCCCCCUGCUCCUCCGCGGAGCUCCAGUGAAGGACGGUGGGAGAGAGAAAGAGGGAAGUAGUGACACGCUGCUGGACGGGAGCUUACAGGAGCGUCGCUCCUCGGACGUGAAACCCUCCGCUCAUGAAUAACGACCCACGCAUUUCUUCUUGGAGCACUCUGACAGGAUGGCAUCACACGGGGGGGAGGAGCCUCCUCUAAACGGCGGUCAAUCCGAUAGCCGUCUAAAGAGCAAGAAGCCGCCCAGCCUUGUAAUAGCCAUCCCUCCACCUGAGGGGAUGACGUCCCACGACCCCACCAAGCAGCCACUACGGCCGUCCCUGAAAAAAGGCGCGAGCGGUCAAGCAAGCGGUUCUGUGUCCGAGGGCAUCAGUGGACACAGAGACGGAGCAGGAGAUGGAGGCUUCUCCUUCAGAGACAGGAGGGCAAAGUUUGGAAGACAAUCGUCGCUCUCGCAAAGCAUCCGCAGGAAUACAGCGCAGUGGUUUGGGGUGGGGGAGGACUGUGAGACCAAGCAGCAGCUAUGGCAACGGAAGAGCCUGCGCCACUGCAGCCAGCGCUACGGCAAGCUGAAGGCCCAGUAUAGAGAGCCCGAGACGGCCUCCAGCAUCGACCAGGGCCUGGACUCGCCAGGAGCUCAAAAGAUGCCCAAGAUUGUGGAUCCCCUGGCACGGGGGCGAGCCUUCCGAUGCCCAGAUGAGAUGGACAAUCGCUCCCCGAGGACGCCACACACAGCUGAGGGGGGGCCCUUCACCCCGGGGGUCACCUCACUCAGCUCCUUCACCAGCCAGCGCUCCGGGUACAGCCGCUUCCCCAAGCGCAAGAGGGAGUCUGUCGCCCGCAUGAGCAUCCGAGCUGCAUCCAACCUGCUGAGGGGUCGUAGCGGCUUGGCAGGGUCCCAGACAGGUCGCAGUUUCCCCAAGAGGAGCUUUGCCAGGCCCAGCUGGAUGGACGAGGACACCGUGGACUCCGCAGACACGUCCAAGUCACUCUUCUUCAGCAAGGUCGAUGCCCAUGAUGAGUUGUACUCUAUGGCUGAUGACGUGUUUGAAUCGCCUCCCAUGUCUGCAGCCUUCGCUCCCAGCGAACAGCCUGACCAGAAGUUCCCAAGCCUUAAGGACGUAUCUCGAACGCCCAGGACACCAACAGCAGGAGCUGAAAAGAGCCAUCCUCGCCGGGGUGGUCGCAUCGCCUCGCAAGUUAAGCACUUUGCGUUUGACAAGCGCAAGCGUCAGUACGGCAUGGGCGUUGUGGGGAAGUGGCUGAACCGGCACUACAGACGCAGCCUCAGCAGCAACAUCCAGAAGCAGCUGGACGACUUCCACAGCCACAGGCCCUACUUUGCCUACUGGAUCACGUUUGUCCAUGUGGUAAUCACCUUGCUGGCCUGCUGCACGUACGGUUUUGCCCCUGUGGGGUUUGCACAACAUUCUGCAUCUGAACUGGUGCUGAAGAACAAAGGUAUUUAUGAGAGUGUCAAGUUUAUCCAACAGGAGAACUUCUGGAUUGGUCCUAGCUCUGACGACCUGAUCCACCUGGGGGCCAAGUUCUCACCGUGCAUCCGUAAAGACACACAGAUAGUCAGCCUGAUCCAGAGGGCCAAAGACCAGGAGAGAGAGUCCGGCUGCUGCGUUCAGAAUGACAACUCCGGAUGCGUGCAGACCCUCAGCUUCGACUGCUCCGAGACGCUGGCCACCUUUAUUAAAUGGAAGAAUGAGCACGUGGACAUCAACAGGACCUCUGGUUCUGUCUGUCACCAGGAUCCCAGAGUGUGUGAAGAGCCUGCCUCUGGAGUGCCCCAUGUAUGGCUAGAUGACAUCACCCAGUGGCCGGUGUGUACCUUUCCCAAGAAGUGGAACCACACAGGCUACAGACACAUGGACUGUAACCUCAAGGGACGGCCGUGCUGCAUAGGAACUAAGGGCAGAUGUGAGAUCACGACCAGAGAGUAUUGCUCUUUCAUGCAUGGUUACUUCCACGAGGAGGCCACACUCUGCUCACAGAUCCACUGUCUGGAUGACGUGUGCGGCUUGUUGCCGUUCCUCAACCCUGAUGUUCCUGAUCAGUUCUACCGUCUCUGGCUCUCUCUCUUCCUCCAUGCUGGGUUGUUGCACUGCCUGGUGUCUGUGGUGUUCCAGAUGACCAUACUGAGAGACCUGGAGAAGCUGGCUGGUUGGGUCCGCAUCUCCAUCAUCUAUAUCCUCAGUGGUAUCACUGGAAACCUCGCCUCCGCCCUGUUCCUGCCCUACAGAGCUGAGGUGGGUCCAGCAGGGUCUCAGUUUGGACUCCUCGCUUGCCUGUUUGUCGAACUGUUUCAAGGUUGGCAGAUCCUGGAGAAGCCUUGGAAAGCCUUCCUCAAGCUGUUGGGCAUCGUCCUCUUCCUCUUCCUGUGCGGCCUCCUGCCGUGGAUCGACAACAUCGCCCACAUCUUCGGUUUCCUCAGCGGCUUGCUGCUCUCCUUCGCCUUCCUGCCCUACGUCACCUUCGGGACCUUCGACAAGUACCGGAAGCGCAUCCUCAUCGCCGUCUCAAUGUUGGCCUACACCGGGCUGUUCUCCUCGCUCAUCGUUUGGUUUUACAUUUACCCGAUUAACUGGCACUGGCUGGAGCAUCUCACCUGCCUGCCCUUCACAAACAAGUUCUGUGAACGGUACGACAUAGACCAUGACAUUAACGAUGUGGUGCACUAAUCUCGAGGCUACUGAUGGUGCUGCCGAUCCACUACCUUCUAGCUGUUUCCCGGUCAACUCGGUGGCCUUUUAAGAAUUUAAGAAUGUUUUUCUAUUAUUUGCUCAUCAAAGGAACUGAUCAAAGUCCAUGUGAAUGGAACUGAAUCAGUCUCUUCUCCUCGGCCUUCACCUCCCUUAAACUGUACUCCUACUUUUUAAUCCUGUUAAGUCAAGUCUGCCACUACUUAGCAUGUUAAUUUGCUAAUGGGCUCGUAACCGGAGAACAGGAAAGGCCACUCUUCAGCUCAAAAGUCCCAUGAAUCUAAAGACGCCAAAGGAAUCACCUCGGGCCUCCAGGUACGCUUCCCUUCAGCCUUGUGGACGACAAACAGCUGAGACAACAAAGGAGGACUGAUGCCGUGGUGGGUCAUCGGGUAUCUUUGUGGCCCACUGGACUGAGAUACAUCAGAGGCCUCCUGCCACUUAUUCAUGUUGUGAAACACUGGGUUUAACGCAACAAACGCUGCCAUUCAGUCCGGCGGCUUCUAUCUGUUUCAACAGUCGUGAAUGUCGAGUCAUGUCGAUAUUUGGAGCAGUGAAAUGUUACGCUCAGAGUGUUCCUAGUAUUACCUGUGCAGAUGAAAUAUUUCAAGUGAAAUGGCAGUGGUCAACUACAGUAAGAUUUCUAUCUAAAACCACUAGUAGCCUUAAACAGACUAUGCCAUUGUACAAAGAAGCCUCAUUUGACUUUUGCAUACUUCUUGUGAUCAACUGGCAGCAUGCUGAUGAAAACAUUACAAAGCAGCUACACGUGCUGCUCAUAUAUAUAUAUAUAUAUAUGCAUGUUGUUCUUCCUAAUCGCUCCCGUUUUCUGUACGUCACUGCGACAAACACAAAGUCCUCAGUCAAGCUCUACUUAUGUCUCACAUUUGGUCCCAUUUGUCUGCCAGCACAGUGGUGCCUACACCGGUUUGUUAGAUCUACUCUGAAAACAAUCGUGAAAUGUAUAUUUAUUCCUGGAGUGAUAAUCUAAACAGGCAUUUUUGUGAGAUCGUGAGUGAAAGAUUUCUCCCUCUGGCUCUCGGAUCUAGUUUGAUGUUUGCAUAAUUUCGACGCCACCAUCUGUUUCUGAAACGUACUGUGUAGUAAGCGUGAGCUCUUUAUAGGAAACCUCUCAACUGUGCCUUCUGACAUGCGAGUGUUUGAUCUGAACCGUCUUCAGUCAGGGCUGUGCAUGCUGCAGUUUCACUGCUGUGUUUUCAUUGGGACCAAAUCAUUUCACUUUUUUCUAUUUGUUGGAAUAAAAAGGGAACGUUUCAAUUACAUUCAGGUCGAGGUACUGUUCUGUUUGGCUUUAGUUUUAUAUGUGGAAAUCUACUUGUCAUGUCAACAUGAUGCCACUCUAGUAAUAAUGAGCAUCUGGCAUUCACCGGUGAGAACUUCUUUUACUUUAGAGUGAGAAUAACUGCAUAUUAUAUCUUCAUGGAUCUAAAGUACAUUUAACAAGAAGCAUCUAUAUUCAAAAUCAUGCGAUGUGAUCAAAAGCUCCAGGACAGCCGCUCCAUGGACCCCCGUGGUGGAAUUGAAAGACCUCAAAGCGGACGUGCUAGAAAAUAAAACCUUUAAUAUUUGAAGAACAAA